AUGCCAGCGUCACCUGAGAACGUGGAUGCUAGCGAGGAUGCCGCUGUGUCUGCCCCUUUUGCCGAUUUGGCCACUGGUGCUGAAGAAGGUGAAGGUAGCGAGGAUGAGGAGAAUCAUGAGGAUGAAAAGGUCCCACACAUGCUCUAUGAUCUCACGGAGGAGCAGCCGAACAGCCUCGCCACCGCUGCUGCCGAAGGCCGUCGCCGGUGGCCAGCCUUCGCAGCCUACUAUCAGGAGCAGGGGAUUGCAAACCCAGCUGCAUUGGAGGCCGCUCUCGCUGCAAUGGCGCGUCCAGGAGCGCCGUUUCAAUGCAGAUUCGCAGAGUCUCCGACAGCAGCAGCAUCUCUGGCGCGGUUGAAAGCUGUACUACCGAAUUUGGCACCAGUGCCCUGGGCGCCGAACGCUUUCCGGGUGGUGCCUGGCCAGCCCGGCCCUUGCCUUUCGAAGGCCUCGUGCAAGGAAAUCGGCCUUUGCGUGCUCAGGCUGAUGAAAGAGGGCGACCUUUGCCUACAGGAUGUCAGUAGUAUGUUGCCAGUCCUCGCGAUGAAGCCUCUUGCACCAGAUAUGGCCUGCUUGGAUAUGUGUGCUGCGCCUGGCUCGAAGGCCAUGCAGUUGCUUGAUGCCCUUACUUCGGCUCCUUCAACUCCGGGAAGGGACCCGGACCGAGGUGGAUUUCUAGUCGCAAAUGAGCGAGGCGAGAAACGUGCACGGAGAUUGCUGUCGCGAGCGCGCUGGUCCCCCGCAUUGGCACGUGGAAUCCUCGUCUGUUGCACAGAUGCAGCGAAUUUCCCUGCCUUGCGCAUUGCAGGACCGCGGGGUGCCUUCCCCAAGCUGCGGUAUGACCGUGUGAUCUGCGAUGUGCCUUGCUCUGGCGAUGGCCAGCUGCGAAAGACACAGGAUAGCUUCGAAGUGAGUCGGGGCUCGGCUCUACACCCACUGCAGCUUCGGAUCCUCCGGCGUGGCCUGCAGCUCCUGGCGCCAGGAGGUCAGCUUGUUUACAGCACCUGCUCGCUGAAUCCAAUCGAAGACGAAGCUGUUGUGGCUGCAGCCUUGGUCGAAGCCGCAGACUGCGAGAUUAUGCCACUACCAGCGCGACUCCUUGAGGAGGAUGUUGGAUUGCACCCGGGCAUUUCAUUCUGGAAGGUACCUGGAUCGCCCACACCCCAAGCAGAAGGGUAUGCCGGGCAUGCUGGAGUUGAGGUGCCUACCAUGCGGCCGCCACCUGCUAGCUCGCCUGUGUCCAAGCAGUUGAAGCAUUGUCGCCGUGCUUUGCCAACAUACGAAGGUGGAUCUGGCUUCUUUCUUUGUGUCAUCGAGCGCCGGCAGAAACCCAUGCGGCCCAUGCACAAGCAUGGAGUGGGAGUGGGCGGAGCAGGAGAGGAGGGAGAGGAGGACAGUGCCGACGAGGAGAAAGAGGAUGCAGCUCGGUUGGCAUGGUUCGGCGACAAAAAGCCCAGGAAAAUCUUUAAGCCGAUGUUUCCCGUAGCUCCCUCCGACAUGACAGAGGGUGUGUGCAAAUUGUUCGGCAUCUCAGCCGUAGAUCUGCUGCAGCAUGGCGUUGCUGACCAGCUCUGCAUUCCGGGUUUCCGCAGGGAUCGCAGGAUGCUUCUUUCUGUAGCUCGCCGCCUCGGAGACAUUCAGCGACAUAGGCAGGCGAACGUGUUGGAUGGCGGCUCGCCAGUGGCCACAUGCAUGCCCAAGGAGUCUUGGUGGCCACGAAGGCUCUCCGCCUGGCGACCAUGCCAUGAGGAGGCCCCGCUCCUCGCGCGACUCGCCACUCGACGUGUCUUCCCCUGCACUUCCACCUUACUGGCAAAUCGGACUGCGCCCAGCGAUGAGGAGGAGGGUGGUGCCAUCGUCGCAUCUGAAGACGGAAGAGUCGCUCUCGCUGCAGUCGUGGAGACUGGGCUGAUCAAGCUGUUGGCAACCGGGGACAUGCUGCAGAAUUGCAUUGCGAGGCUCGAGGAUGCAGCAGCUGCGCCAGCUGGGCAGUUCCUCCAGCACUGCAUCGGUCCGGAGCAAUCGGAGGAGGGCGAAAGCGAUGACUCCUUUGAGACUGCCGUAGGAAGCCCGUCAGAGCUCCAGAGCUCCGAGAAUGAUUGGCAGAAGAGGAUUCGCAUUUUGAUGAGCCGCGGCGACUCUGACGACGAGGAAAGGGCUCAAAGCGAUGCGAGUGAUGAAGGAGGUGCCAGCCUCGAGACGGUCUUUGGCUUCGAGGCCGCCACUUUGGCCCGACUGGCCCGAGGCAAUAGCAAGGCCUUGAACUUCGUCUUCAUGGAUGAUGACGACGAUGAUGAAGAGGACGGCUGCGCAGAUGGGCUUGAAGAGAUCUUCAGUUUCGACUUGGCAAAGGUGGCAGAGGCCCUUCGAAGGGGUGCCAGCGAGCAUGAGCUAACCUCUGUCAUUGAAGAGGCGCUGGUCAGCGAGCUGCCGGAGCGAUUAGCAGCCGCCAAGGAGGGUGCGCCCAUGUCAGCUUGCUCUACGGCUACGCCUCGCACGGGUGACAUCUCCGGUCUCAUGACCCCACCGAGCCUGCGUAGUACAGAUCUCGAAGGUUUGCGCACACCUCCGCCUGCGGAAGGCCGGGUAUCGCCGGGCAUUGGGUGCCCAUCUGGUGGCGUCUCUGCAGCAGAUCUCACUCGCCGCUUGGAAAGUCAACGUCAGCCGCGGUCGAGGAGGCGAUCCAGCAUUGCCGAUCAUCCUCAGCUAUUGCAGGCCGUCGGACAGAUCGCCAAGCGCCACCGGCGGAGCCUUGCGCAGAUCGUGGCCGCAGAAAUUCGCAAGCAGGAUGCACCGCCACGCUCCUUCGCGAAGGUUCGACGGUCUGUGGCAAGCAGGCAGAGGCAGCAUCGCAGUGGCCUAAUCCACGCUGCGGAGGUCCUGGAGGCGGCCGGGGUCGGGGUCAGUGGCUCUGCCUCAUCGGAGAAGGUUGCGGAGCAGCUCGAGGCUGUUCGCAGGGCCCUCGACCGAGCCAAGCGUCGUCACAGACAGAGCCUGAUCGUGGCGGUGCACCACGUCCACGGUUCCAUCCACGAGGAGGACCAACAGCGACGACCGGAUGCUCCUCGUGAGAGCCAAGGCUUAGCGGCCACGGCUGCUCCAACGGACCAGGGCUCUGAGAUUGCCGAGGAGCACCCAUCAGAGGAACAAGGGAGCUUCUUCCAAGAGAGGGUCAACGAGAUCGUGGCGGCGGCCUAUGCCGCCUUUGGUUCGCUCAACUGCUUCGGACGACAGAAGAGUACACGCAUCCCAGCAGCCACCACGCCGUGA